AUGCACAAUCAAACGCCCAACGAUAUUGAGAACUCCAUCUCCCUCGAUGAAUCCCAAAGUCCAUCAGCAAUUCCAGAUGGCCUAAAAGAAGAAGACAGACCAGUCAAUUGGUCUUCCUCCAAAAAAUGGUCCAUCGUGGUCAGCACCUCUCUCGCAACCUUUAUCGUCUCCUUCGGCAGCAGUGUCUACUCAGCUGCAAUCCCCCACAUCCAAGCCCGAUUCAGCGUCUCAUCCAAUACGGCCCUACUAGGCAUAACACUCUACGUUAUCGGCUUCGCCCUUGGUCCGAUGGCAUGGGGUCCCGCAUCGGAACUCUACGGCAAGCGACGACCCCUGUUCCUAGGCUACGCCAUCUUCUGCAUCUGCCAACUCCCCUGCGCCCUCGCUCAGAACAUAUCUCCGCUCUUGACGUUUCGAUUCCUCUCUGGUCUAGCUGGUUCUUCGAGCCUAGCUAUUCUGGGGGGUAUGUACGUCGACUUCCUCAGCCGACCUGCUGAGCGAGGAAUUUCGACGGCGGUUUUCAGCGUUGCGACGUUUUGCGGACCGACUGUUGGACCUAUCGUUGGAAACCUGGCGACACUCAAGUUGGGCUGGCGCUGGACGGCGUGGCUUACUCUGAUAGGAGGUGUCGCCUUCGGCAGUGUCGCGUUUGUUCUUACCCCUGAAACGUCCGAGGUGGUGAUACUGCGCCAAAGAUCCAAGGGGAAUACCUCGGUUAGCCCAUCUCGGAUAUAUCGUCCAGAACGGGGCAUAUCGACAUUCGUGCAGAGCUACUUUACGAAACCAGUCAGGAUGUUUGUGCGGGAGCCAAUACUCAUCUUCUUCACCAUUUACAUGAGUCUCGCUUAUGGAAUUAUAUACCUCACGUUUACUAUGUACCCUCUUGCAUUCGUCACAGGCCGCGGAUGGUCCCGUAUGGACGGAAGUCUUCCGUUUAUCGGGAUGACCAUUGGCGUUGUCCUGGCUUGUAUAGGGAUCGCUCUGCAUAGUAUCUACUAUAUCCAGCAAAGCCGAGUCCAUGUGCCGGAACGACGUCUGCCGCCCAUGAUUGCCGGGUCAAUCCUCCUAUCAGCAGGCAUCUUCUGGUUUGGCUGGACCUCUAGCAGGUCUAUCCAUUGGCUGGCACAAGCUUCCGCCGGAAUCUUCCUUGGCAGCGGCUCUAUCCUGGUCUUGAUGUCUGGCGUCAUCUACUUGAUUGAGCUGCUACCUUUCCUUUAUAUGCUACAGACUUGUUAG